GUUCCCUUUAUAAGGAGACCAAGUCCGCAAUACAAAGUCUUCAGGGAUUUCCUCUUUCUCUUCCCAAUGGAACAUGAUCAGAAUGAAGAGAAUUCAGAAGCAUUAAUUACCUUGAGCCUUGGGGGGAGCAGCUCAGCAGCAGGGACUGCCUCUUCAAGUACCCAGUUGAAGAACAGCCCACACAAGGUCUUUCCCUGCCACUUCUGCAUGAGAAAAUUUUACAGUUCACAAGCAUUAGGAGGUCAUCAGAAUGCUCACAAAAGAGAAAGAGGUCAAGCAAAGAGCUUUCACCAGGCUCAGAAGAUGAUCAUGAGUUCAGUCUCACUUGGAGUUCAACCACACUCCUUGAUUCACAAGGCUAGUGGUGAUAAAAGUACAGCAAUGAAGGCUGCAAGAUUUGACAAAGCUAAUUCCAGCAUGGAGUUGAAAAGGCUGCCCCCUUUUGCACUUGAAGAACCUGUUGAAUUAACAUGGCAAAGAAGCUUUAGCAUGAGUUAUAAGCCUGAGAAGAAACAACCUGAAUCAGAGAAGCUUGAUUUGACUCUCAGACUUUGAGAAUGUUCAUCCUGGUCAUCAUGUACAGAGUUGCAUCUAGUGCUGUCUUUUUGUUUGAUUGUCAAUCAAUAAAAGUAUAUAACAUGUGACA